AUGGAGCAGUUGGAUGACCGCUACUUCCAAGAUCUCAAAGGACAAUACGAGUUCAUCCUUCACUUUACCGUAAGAUCGCUAGGCAGCAAGACACCAAUUUGCCAAGCGCACCCAGUUCACCAAUUGCAUAGGAGGUCGGUGAACUGCGAGGUCAUGCUUGCGCCUGGGACAUAUGAAGUUAUACCCGAGAUUAUAGCUGAGCGUGAUGAGCAGUCUAUGCCUGUGGAGAAAGUGGUGCGUAUGGCUGCACGUACAAAUCCUGAGAAACUCAGACAAGUUGGAAAGCAAUACGAUCUUGCUCAUGCCAAGGCGGGAGCUGUAAAAGUUAAGAAACCCUCUAAUGGAGCGGAAAGCCUAAUGGACGGGAUGUCGGCAUUUUCAGAAGCCAAAGCUAGAUCGGUACUGGAUGCUUCUGGGACAAGACCUGGGACUGACACUGAGUCUGAGACUGACUCGGAUUCUGAGUUGGAAUGCAGCACCAGGUCUUCUAAAGAGCAGCCGUGGAAUGCGGUUUGCAUUAUUGGCCUACGCGUCUUGGCACAGAAUGCGGGUACUAGCAUUACCAUUAGUGGUGAGCCAUGA